GCGCAGCAGAGCGGCACAGAGCGGUGAUCAGAGGCCCUCGGGUCCGCGGCUCUCUCCGUAUGUCCCGGGAUUAUAGCGCUGCUUCUGCUGCCACUUCACGAGCGUAACCCUCAUGACGCGUGCCUCUUCUGCGUGAGUUUUCCGCCAUGAGCUGCCUGGAUGUGAUGUACCAAGUAUUUGGUCCUCAGCCUUAUUUCAGCUCCUACAGCCCAUACCAUCACCAGAAACUGGCUUUGUAUUCCAAAAUGCAAGAGGUGCACCCGGAGAGCAGCGGUCGUGUAGUGGGCUCCAGUGCCCCCCCCAACAUCAAAGAAGAGGACAAGGAGCUGCCCCCUGGAGCCGAGUACCUGAGUGCCCGCUGCGUCCUGUUCACGUACUUCCAGGGAGACAUCAGCGCUGUGGUGGAUGAGCAUUUCAGCCGCGCUCUGAGCCAGACCAGCUACAGCUCCACUCACAAGGGCAGAGAUGGCACAUUUCCGAUGAGCCAGAGGAGUUUCCCACCCUCAUUUUGGAACAGCUCCUACCAGCCCUCCGUGUCCUCAGCCCUGGGCAGUGCUCUGUCUGCGUCCCACACAGAGCUCUCCUUUCCUGGGGACCACUACUCCUCUGCCUCCCUGCACUCCCACCUGCACCAGCCCAGCCCAGAAGCUUGGCACUCCUCCCACCACCACCACCAUCACCACCACCCUUACUCCCUGGGGGGUGCUAUAGCCUCUCAGAGCUCGGCAUACUCUCGGCCCGGGGUGCACGAGAUGUACGGGACGGCGUUUGACCCUCGUUAUGGCUCUCUGCUCAUGCCCUCUGUGCGCUCACACCAUCGCCUGGCCUCCAGCAGCUCUGUGCCGGGCCCCAGUGCAUCGCCCUGUGACCUGGGCAGUAAGGGCGAGUCUGGGGCCGGGUCAGCCUGGAGCGGGGCCUUCACUGGAGCGGGGGACAUAGGACUAAACAUGGACACAGGUCUUCAGGCACAGGAUAAGACCAAGGAUUUGUACUGGUUUUGAGUCCUGCUUUGAGGGAAGUGUAAUGCUCUGUAAUGGUCUGCUUACAGCCCUGUGCUACGGAGGACUGUGCGCGUGAGGAUGGACGCACACUGCAACAAAAGUGGGACAAAAAGACACAAAUGUGAAACUUGUGGACGACAUUCCCAAAUUGGAAAAAGACAGACAAAGACACAUGCUGUCCCUGACUGUGGACAACUGCGUGGCUCACUGGGGGGACACUGAACUAGAGGAACUUCACACUCUUUGGUUUUACAUGGAGUUGUUACGAUUAUUAUUGUACAAACUUCUCAUUUGCAUUGAAAGCAUGUGUUGAGAAUAGCAUGUUUACACUGUCAGGGAGAUUGCAUUUUUGUCCUUUUUUCACAAUGCAUUUAAAGUUGACUGUGAAUUUUAAAAAGAAA